GGAGGAAUCGCGGUGUGCAACCCGUAACUAGGACGCCAUUUUGGAUCGACAGGUGCAUACGGAUAGUACGCAUCACCGCAUGACGUCUGUCGAUUUCUGACAGCUACAAACGACUCUACACCAACCUUUUUACUUUGUAAGUCAACCCUGGAUGUCUGCUGGUACCUGUACUAAGUUGUAGGCAGCACUGUUCGUCUCAGAAAAUCGGCAAUGCAGCCAGAAAUCCAACCACAACAACAACAUCCGCCGCCUGGCGUACCCAUGCAGCCGCUGCAUGUACCGCCACCAUCCAGUAUCGAAAUGCCGAUGGAAAAUCCCGACAACAGCACGAGGCCACUCCAACCGCUGCCGGACGACAGCGGCAGGAGUAUGGAGGAGUACGACAUGGGAUGGUGCCCUGUGGUCGUCUCCUUCAUCAUAGCUCUCAUAUUCUUUCCCAUCGCCGUGUGCUCCUGCAUCAAGAUCGUGCAGGAGUACGAGCGGGUGGUGAUCUUCCGACUGGGGAAGAUUUUGGGAGGCGGGGCGAAGGGGCCGGGCGUCACCAUCGUCUGGCCCUGCAUCGACGAGUACAAGACGGUCGACAUGCGGACCAAGGCCAUCAACGUGCCACCUCAGGCCAUCCUGACGAAAGACAGCGUCUCCGUGAUGGUGGACGCGGUGGUGUACUACCGGGUGAACAACGCCGUGCUCUCGGUGGCGAAGGUGGAGGACGUCGACCAGUCCACCAGCCUGCUGGCGCAGACGGCCAUCCGCGACGCGCUGGGCGUCAAGACGCUGGCUGAGAUCCUCGCGGGACGGGACGAGACGGUCGCCAGGCUGCGGGUCCAGCUUGACGACGCCACGGACCGCUGGGGGAUCAAAGUGGAGCGCGUGGAGGUCAAGGACGUGCGGCUGCCGCCCCAGCUGCAGAGGGCCAUGGCCGCCGAGGCCGAGGCCGCACGCGAGGCCCGCGCUAAAGUCAUCAUAGCCGAGGGCGAGAUGAACGCCGCCAGGGCCCUGAAGCAGGCGUCGGACGUGCUGGCGGACUCGGCGGAGUCCAUCCAGCUCCGCUACCUGCAGACGAUGAACCAGGUGGCUGGGGAGAAGAACUCCACCAUCAUCUUCCCACUGCCCAUGGACAUCGGUCUGAUGGACAUGGUCGCCAAGAAGAAAGCCUAGAACGUCACAAUUAUAAACACCUGUUGUCGGACAUUAUCAUUCACUUUUGUUAUCAGUCAGAAAACACUUGUUCUUGCCUAACUUCUGUAUUGUCUGUUAUCUGUAUUCUUUGUUAUUGCCCUGUCACUUGUAGCCUCUACCAGGCUUCAGUAGCGACAGAAAAAGGCCAAAUAGAAAUGUU